AUGACUUCGACUUCGAACAAUGUUUAUCACAAUAUCGGGCGCUGGUGUUAUUCAUCGGACAGAUUUCCUCUGAAACCGAAGUGUUUAGGGUGCAAGUGUUCUUGCGCGCAAAGAAAAAAAAUUAUUUUAAUAUUGAAAGUUUCAUCAGAAAUUUUGACGUUUAUAAUCAAAAGUUUCGCGAAAAACCUUCAAAUUGACAUUGACGAAUUGAUGAGUGCAGACGUGAUUCAAGACAUCAUCUCCGCAAUUACAUUGAAUAAUACAUAA